UUUGACUUUAAUUUUGAUAGAAAUUUGUUAGUAAAUUUUUUAAGACAAAAACCCGUGGGUACCCAUGAACCCGCGGAUACCCAGCGGGUUGGGUUGGGUUUGAGUUUUUCAAACCCAGUGGAUUUUACCCCGGGUUUUUUUCACGGAUAAACCCAUGGAUUUGGGUUUGGCAAAACCCAACCCAACCCGACCCAUUGUCAUCCCUACCGACAACCAACCCCGGCAAAUAAAAACAAAACCCAUUCAUUUUGAUAAUAUUUAUUAUUAUUUUAUUCUGUUCGCCGGUCUCCUCCCUCUUGUAUUUGCCAUUUGCCAAAAAUGCCGCUCUUGAAUCUUUCUUUCCCUCCUCGCCGCUCUCUCUCUCUCUCCGUCCUUCCGUUCCUCCUCCUUCGUACAAUCAGCCGUCCAGCACUUUCUCUCUCUGCCGCAUUCAUUUUCUGUUCAAAAUUUGUUUUCCGUUUCCCUCCGCCUCGCCUGCCAUCCGUUUCGCUCGCAACCACCACCUGAUAUCUCUCCUCCCUCAGAUCUUUCUUCCACUCUCUCAGCAUCAUCUAGUUAAUCCCAAUCAUUUCUUCGCCCCAAUUCCCAUGGCCGAGCACUAAUUUCACUUCUUCCGCACCUUCAUAGCACUUCCGCAGCGUGUUACUGUGUAUACUUCGACUGCUUGCUUGUUUCGUUCAGAGAGAGACGCAGAAAGAGCUGAAUUCGCGUUAAUUUUGACCAUCCUGAUUGAAGUUAUGCCUAGUAUUCGAGCUCCGGCUGCGAAGAAAGCUACUACGCUCACUGUUGCUGUCAAGUGCAGGCCGUUAGCUGAGAAAGAGCGCGGCCGUAACAUCGUCCGUUUCAGUGACAGUCAUGCGGUUCGUGUCUUAGAUCCCGACUUGUCCAAGGACUAUCUGGAUCGAGUACAGCAUCGGACCAAAGAGAAGAGCUAUUGCUUCGAUCACGCCUUCGGUCCUGACUCGGCCAACUCGGAGGUUUAUAAAACCUGUAUAUCGUCGGUGAUCUCUGGGGUUGUUCAAGGUCUGAAUGCUACCGUGUUUGCCUAUGGUUCAACCGGAAGCGGGAAGACUUAUACGAUGGUGGGGAAGCCGGAUGACCCUGGACUUAUGGUUCUCAGCCUGCAUACUAUUUUUGAUCUCAUUAAAAGUGAUAAGGACACUGAUGAAUUUGAUGUUACAUGCUCCUAUUUGGAAGUCUACAAUGAAGUUAUCUAUGAUCUACUUGAGAAAUCAUCAGGUCACCUUGAACUUCGUGAAGACCCAGAACAAGGAAUUGUUGUUGCUGGGCUGAAAUGCAUUAAGGUUCAUUCAGCUGAUAAGAUUCUUGAACUAUUGAACUUGGGAAAUAGUAGAAGAAAAACAGAAAGCACGGAGGCCAAUGCCACAUCCUCAAGGUCACAUGCUGUCUUAGAGAUUACUGUGAAAAGAAGGCAAAGAAACAAGUAUCGAGAUCAGAUCAUGAAAGGAAAACUAGCACUUGUAGAUCUUGCUGGUAGUGAACGCGCUUCUGAAACAAAUAAUGUGGGCCAAAAGCUAAGAGAUGGGGCUAAUAUUAACCGUUCCCUCCUAGCUUUGGCAAACUGCAUUAAUGCUCUGGGAAAACAACAGAAGAAGGGUCUUGCAUAUGUCCCUUACCGUAACAGCAAAUUGACCCGGAUUCUUAAAGAUGGCCUGAGUGGUAAUUCACGGACCGUCAUGGUUGCUACAAUAUCUCCAGCUGAAAGUCAGUAUCAUCAUACCAUCAACACUUUGAAAUAUGCUGAUCGUGCAAAGGAAAUAAAGACACAUAUUCAGAAAAACGUUGGCACAGUGGAUACCCAUGUGUCAGAUUAUCAGAGAAUGAUUGAUAGUCUUCAGAUUGAAGUUUGCCGCUUGAGAAAAGAAUUGGCCGAAAAGGAAUCACAACUGACUUCCAAACCGAGAGAAAAAGUUGAAGAUGAUGAGUUAUCUUGGUUAGAUAGCUUGAGCCGUGAAACAAGUGAAAAUGUUCAGGAGCGGAUAAACUUACAGAAGGCUUUGUUCGAGCUUGAAGAAACUAACCUUCGUAACCGCAUUGAACUCCAGGAGCUUGACGAGGCAGUUGCAAAGCAGCAGACUGUUGAAAAAGAAGGGAGAGUUGUGGCGGCACUGAGGUCUAGGCGACAAGUAAUUCUUGAUAAUAUCCGUGACAAUGAUGAGGCUGGUGUCAACUACCAGAAGGAUGUUGAAGCUAACGAGAAACGUCGGUGCCAACUCCAAGAGAUGAUCGAGGAGGCCAUUAGCAAUCAUGGGAAUAAGACCUACUUGCGGAUACUUAACCAGUACAGACUUCUGGAAAUGGGUAAUACUGAGCUCCAGUUUGGAGUCGCGAUGAGAGAUCAAAUCAUCCACAACCAACGGGAAGCUCAAAGGAACCUGUGGAACUUGCUCAUGGGAUUAGGGCUAGAUGAAAAACGUGUGCUGGAACUCGCUGCCAAGCAGGGGAUAACCAUUGAAGACUGGGUCGCGACGUCCCAAAUUGAGUUUCCGGAAAAGAAGAAAGAGUUGCCUGCUAGUGCUGUUCCUCAUGGUGGUAGCAGCAGGUGUACUCCCUCGUUAACAAACACUCCUGCUUGCUCUGGAGGACACGUACCAUUCAGACCACCUUGCAUCUUACAAAGUUAUCACCGAGACUUAUCUCCCCAAGCCCUGUGGAGCGAAGGUCGCAAUCAUGCUUCUUACUACCUACAGUCGCCACCCCUUGCUUGUCUCAGGCUGACAACGACCAGACCACCAGAUUCCUCCUGGUUACGCAGUGGUGGUAAUCCCCAAGGUGGUUGGUGCAGCAGCGCUUCGUGUCCAGGGCUCGCAACUUGGAGCGAGAGCUGCUCAUCAGCGCCACCCGCCAGCGUGUACAUCAACCAGCAGCAGGAUCAGUGGAACAAUGGCACACCAGGCUGCAGACACCGAUAUAUCGGCGGUGGUCCUCCUACUCACUUUGGAAUGGCUGGAAGUCCACCUGAGUUGCAUCAGAGGGGCAAUGACUUGCCAUGUUGGAAUGACCCAAGAUUGAUUGGAGUGCCACAAUUCGGGCAGGCAGGUCUUCGAUAUGGGCACCCUAACAAUAAGUCUUACUUUCCCAGUUAAUGUGAACCCAUGGUCUCCUACUACGUUGGCUAAUGUUGUACAGUAGCAGUCAGUCAUCUCUCGUUGUUUCCACUACCAACCUGUACAUAGAAGUCUGAAGCAGGGUAGAAGCUGUAUGAUGUAGGUGAAGCAGAACAGUGGCUUUUUUUUGGGUCUUCAGAAAGAAAGAAAAGUUUUCCUGAUUUUUAGUAGGGAAAGGUAAAGGCUAAAGGGGGUCAAAGAGAUAUCUUGGUUACAGUUGGACGAAGCAGAUGGGACUCGGGAGACGUGCUUUCAGGGCAGGGAACUGGACUUGUUGCAACAUUGGCGAUUUUUGCAUGGCUGCCAAAUCUUGAUGAUCAUAUGUACGUAGUUCUUUUCGUUCUCCAAAUUUUUAGUAGACGUUUCUCAAUCAAACGAGACUAUUUAC